AUGGUCUUGGUAGAUCUCUUUUAUCCGGAUAACGUAAAGAAGAGAGAACAAGUGUCAGAAUAUCUGACCAGGUUCAGAGUGAGGUUCGAAGACUUUAAAAAGUCUUGGAAUACAAUGUGCACGUCAUUCAAUAACGCUGUUAAACAGAAAAGACCGGAUUGGGUUCUACAGAAACUCGAUUAUAAUCCGACAUCACAAGAGCCGGAUUACAUACUCAAGGAGAUCAAGAGAGUAUUGGAAGACGCAAUAAAUAAAGUUCCAAAACUGGAACAGGACCUUGAUAUCAAAGAUAUAGCAGGAGUUUUUGAAAAGACGAAUGCAAAAGUGUUUCAGAAAAGUAAUUUAGAAAAAUUUAAGGAAAUCCACACAGCAUUGGCUUCAAUAUUUGGCAUAUUCCAGACCUCAAUUGUUAUAUGCGUUAUAGUCAUGAUAGUUAAGCAUGCAAAGCCAGUAUACAAAACUGUCGUAAAAGGCAUACAGCAUAUUGGAGUACUUGGACUACUUGGAUUACUCGUUGGAGGUAUUGCGGUAACUUUGUUAAUAAGUGCUAUAUGGGGAGCUAUAGAAAGUGAAAAAUUGGAAAAGGCUAUAAAAGAAUUGCGCACGCUCAAUGAGGAAUGCAUCGAACCCCUCGGUGACAUGCGCAGGAAGAUUGACGGAAUAAACCAGAAUAUUGCAGAUGGCAUUUACAAAAUAGACGAGCAUUUUUUCAUAAAAGAUAGGGAGCUUAAAGAAGAUCUUCCUGCGGAAUUACAGAGAUUUUUCGGUUUGAAUACCAACAACCGAUUCAUACACUGA